UCGUGAAGUUCUUUUCUAAUUUUUUAGGUGUCUCGCUGGAUGACUGAUAAGAGGCAUUUUCGUACAUCCCAUUUUGAUGCUGCUGUUCGACUGAAAUUGAUUUUCAAAGUUUAUGGCUUAGAACACGCGGAGAAGUUCUUCAAUGAGAUCCAAGAAAACUUGAAAACUUUUGAUGUUCAUCUUGCUCUUCUUACCUGUUAUGCCAAUGCUAGAUCCGUGGAUAAGGCAGAAGCUAUUAUGCAGAAAGCUAGAGAUUUGGGGUAUGCUAGUAGACCAUUAUGGUACAACCUUAUGAUGAAUCUUCAUUAUCAUUUGGGAAAUUCAGAAAAGCUUGAUGAUCUGAUGAAUGAAAUGAAGUCUAAAGGCAUUGAUCAUGACCACUUCACGCUUGCUGUCCGCCUAAGUGCAUAUGCUGCAGCUUCUGACCCUGAUGGAAUUGAUAAAACUGUACGAAUUUUGGAAUCUGAUCCUCACGUCUUUCUUGAUUGGAAGACCUAUGUUAUUGCGGCUGAGGGAUACUUGAGACUGGGCUUAGUGGACAAAGCUUUGGUAAUACUGCAAAAAUUGGAGGGGAAGUUGGCAACCACCAAGAAAAAGGAUAUUUUAUUUUUCUUCCUCCUCAAACUCUAUGGGGAAACUGGGAAGAAAGAUGAGUUGUACCGAAUCUGGAACCUGUACAAGCAAAAUGAAAAGGUUAUCAAUAAGGUUUAUAUAAGCAUGAUGCGCUCAUUGAUGAAGUUUAAUGAUAUUGAAGGGCUUGAGAAAAUUUUUAAUGAAUGGGAAUUGAGUGGAUUGUCCUAUGAUUAUCGGAUCUCAAAUUUCUUGAUCGAUGCUUAUUGCAGAAACGGCCUUCUAAUGAAGGCGGAAGACAUUAUAAACAGUGGAUUGGCUAAAGGGGGAAAUCCUCUCGUAAUUACAUGGUGUCAUUUAGCAGCUGGUUAUCUCAAGGAAAAUCAAGUCCCUGACACCAUGGAAGCAUUGAGGAAGGCAAUCUCGUUAAGUUUUGCAAAAUCAAAACCGAGCAAAGAUUCCUUGACUGCAUGUCUGGAAUUUUUGGAUAACGUUAAAUAUUUGGAAAAAGUUGAGGAAUUCACGAGGUUCCUAAGAGCAGAGAAUAUUCCUUCAGGAGCCAUUUUUGACAAAUUGUUUUGUUUUAUCAAGGAUGGGACAUUACAAACCUUUCCACAAGAUGAAAAGGAAUUGUGAGUAUGCGACAGAAGACGAGUAAAUAAGUGAAAAAGCAAAUUUGAAACUCCUUGCUGGCCUAACAGACAUUAUUCUCACGGGGCCUCUGUAUGAAAUGUACGCAUUGACUUGUGAGAGAUACGAUACUCUUGCGGUUGACAUCUGAUCUGACUGACUGACUGCUACAUGAUAGUAAAUAUGGCUCUCUUAUCAUUUUUCUUGCAGUGAAUGUGCUAAAUUUUAUACUGUCAACAAUUUUUGUCAAAUUUAUUAUCUUAUCAGAUGAAAUGCUCGGAGAACUGAGUUUUUGCUAUACCCUAAAGAACUAUCUGUUAAAGAUUAGCUUAUAUUCGAGAAGUACUGAGGGAAAUUUACACUUUUAGUUGUGAUAAUUGCUUUCUGGAGCAUUCUUUUAAUUGGACUCCCCAUUACCUUUUAAUAUA